CUUCAUUUCCUCACACCAAAUUAAACUUCCUUUUAGCAGAACCUUGAGCUUAAAAUUUAUAUUACAAAACGCAGACAUUUUUAUAAUGGAUGUGGUGACAAGAAUGGUGUCGGAGAGGCCGGUGGUGAUAUUUAGCAGGAGUUCAUGUUCAAUGUCUCACACAAUAAAGUCUCUCCUUUUUGAAUUUGGAGUAAACCCGACGGUUUAUGAGGUAGAUGAGAUCCCCAGAGGUCGGGAAAUAGAGCAAGCACUUUUGAGGCUUGGACGCAACCCUAUCAUCCCUGCUGUGUUCAUAGGAGGUGAGUUUGUUGGUGGUGCCAAUGAAAUUAUUAGCCUUCACCUUCAACAAUCUCUGCAACCGCUUCUCAAAAAUGCAGGAGCUCUAUGGGUGUGACCAGCCCUCGACUAAUCUGGUUGUAAUAAAUGCGCUUUAAUUAGGUGCAUAUAUACUGGUUGUUUAACCAUAUUAAUUAAGUUGAGUUAACGAUGAAGGCUUUUAGACACAGUUCCAUAUAAUGUUAUUUCGGUUUCCCUUUUUCCCUUUUAAUUAACUGGUUUGGUUCAUAAAAUAUCCUCAAACCAAACCGGUUGAGCUAUAUAUGUACAUUUUUAUUCAAUGAAGCUACUUCAGAAUACCAAUAUA